UCUUCAGAACUUAAUGAGGUUGACAGCGACAAGGACUAUGCUUCUGAAGACAGUGCUGACAAUGAUGAUGGCUUUAGUGAGAUUUUGACCAAAAGACUUGGCGAGUCGGCAGGCGAGAAGAGAACUUCCGUUGCUCAAGAAAUCCUACAAACUGAGACGGAAUACAUGGAGAUGUUGAACAUCGUACAGAAGGAAUUCAAGUCACCUCUUAACGCUGCACUCAARUCCAAUAGAGCKAUUAUUAGUUUACCGAACAUUAAAGCACUGUUUGACGACAUGGAGACUUUGUUUGAUAUCAGUAGCGUAAUGCUUAAUGAAUUAUCAAAACGUCUUCAGAAAAACAAGUGGAAUUCACACCAGUGCCUUGGCGAUAUUUUCAUGAAGUUCACGACGACAUCACGAGCAUAUACGAACUUUUUGAAUAACUAYCCRAUAACACUGACGACAUUACAACGAUGUAAAGAGCAAAACCCGCAGUUCCGAUCAUUUCUAAGCAGGCACGAGAAACAGCCGAAUACAAAAAUGAUGAGUUUUGCAGAAUUUCUACUUCUACCAGGUCAAAGGGUCAAAAGCUACGUGGAUCUGCUGCAAAGAUUUCUACGUCAUACACCGAAAGAUCACGUGGACAGGAAGCUAUUGUUCGAAGCUAUUAACAAAAUACAAGAUCUAGCUGACAUUUUUAAGCAGUAUGAGGAACGUCUUACUAGAGAAAAAUUCCUCCAGCGUCUACAAACUACUAUCGGCAACUGUCCGGUUUUGUCAGAGAAAGGGCGCCAUUUUAUUUGCUCUGAAGAUUUUGCAUUGCUCUCCUCMCCAACUACUGGUAAACAGGUCAAACCUGAAUACAGGUAUUGUAAUCGCUUUAGCAGCGAGAGUAGUACGUAG